AUGGAGCGACUUUUCAAGAUGGAACCGAAGGCCUUGAGAGACCGUUUGGGCGACAGUCAUAAUGGCUUCCUCCCGGGGAACCUCCUGCAGCAAUCAGAUGGAACCUUGAUUGUCAACAACGUCGGACGGUCCGGGCCCGUUGGCCGCGAAAUCCCACCCGAGAAACGGUCGCCGCUCUGGACGGGUCCGACAUUCUCCUUUGAGGCCGAAAUCCGGGCACGCCGAGCAGCCUGA